CAUCCAUAUAUUUUUAUAAGCCAUCAAACGUCAGACAAGAUAAUUAAAAAUGAAUUGAGAUACAAAUGCCAUGGGUCAUCAAAGACCAAUAGAAAAUCUGAAAAGUAGGUAGAGAAAAAAGAUUAUGUGAAAAGGAAAAACUGUCCAAAUGACAAUCAGAUUUUCAACAGACAAAAUCAAAGCUAGAAUUCAAUGGAACAUAACUUCAGUGUGUUUCAAAGGAAUAGCAGAGCUUCAUAAACAGAAAUUAAAAAUAAUGUUUUCUAGAUAAAAGAAAAAGUACUGAAAAUACAAAGUUGAACAUUCAGGAAGGUAUAAAAAUAGCAAAAGUGGUAAAUAUAUACAUAAUUCUAAAUCAAUUUUAAUGGUAUAAAAUAAUAGUGUCUUCUUGGGUUAAUGGUAUAAUUGAUAAGAUAUAUACAAAUAGCUAUAUGUAGACUGGAGGUAAAGGUAAAAAGAGUAAAAUUAGUUCAAUCAUCUUUUGGACUUUUCUGUCUGUGAAGCGAAUUCGAAGAUCAUAUUCAAAGACCCUGUAAUUCUACUAGUAGUUGGAUAUCCAAAGGAAUUGCAUCAAAUGAUAUAUGAAAGCAUGCUCAUAGUAGCAUUAUUCAUGACUGCUCAAAAAGGAAAAUCCCCCAAAUAUACAUCAACUAAGGAUGGAUGAAUCACUACAGUAAAUCUGUAUAAUGGAACAAUAUACAGAUAAGUGAAAAGAUAUAGAUCACAGAUACAUGUGACUAUGUGACUAAACUUCAGAUAAGAUCAGGUACAUUCAGAGUGGUAUGGCCACAGACUAAGUGACCAAAUUUCAGAAACAUAGUAUUGAGUCCAAGAAGAUAUGAACAAGAACCUACAGCACUACACCUAUGUAUGGUUUAAAGUAGGCAAAACCAUGUUAAGGAGUUUAGGGUUGCAUACCUAGUUGGUAAGGCAUAAAGAAAACCAAGGGAAUGAUCAUCGUAAAUUAUGGGUAUUGCUUACCUCAGGAGAUGUGAAGAAACAUUUAGGGGCUUGAAAAGCAGCAUGGGAGUAGCCCUAGGCCCUUUGUAAUGUUCCAUGUCUUGCCCUAUGUGAUGAUUACAUGAAUGUUUAUGAUACAUUGCUGUGUUUACCAUUGUUAUUUUGACUCAUUUCUAAGUGUGCAUUAUACUUUUAUUUGAAAAUUAUUUAGGAGAAGUGCACCAUAAAAAUUAUUGAUUACUCUGCUCAUUAUAUACCUAGGAAAAAAUUCACCAUUUAUGUAUCUUUAUAUACAACUCUAAGAGAGUUGAAGUACAAACUUUAUUUUAGCUACAACGUGUAGAAACAAGAGGAGAUGUUACCUGCAGUACACAGAUCUUUCUAAAGGUGUUUUCUACCUUUAAUUAUCUACCUUGCAGGUCAAAACUUUGUCAUUCCUCAUCUAUUUUUCUUUUGGUUCCUGUAUUACUGAUACAACAAGGGUGGACAUAUUUCCCACACUCUUGGUUUAGCAGAGUACCUAUAUCAAUUAGGUUUUUCUGCAACCUCUACAAAACUACAUUACAUAUUGAUAUCUCACAUAUCUUUGGAUUCAGCUUUCCUAAGCUGGGUUUGGUGGAUGGCUCUGGUAAUUUGAGAUGGGCCAAGCUCUGCAUCUUGGAACUAGUUAGACUUUGGCCAAUUUAGGCUGGAUCAGGCAGAGGCAAACUGACUCCAUUAUUUUCUCAUUCUCCUUCUGGGAACAGUGUAGUAGCCAGGUGAUGUUCUCAAAAUAAAUAGAAAAGAAAAAGAAACUUCAGUGUGGAUGCCAUCUCAAAUCUCUGUGUGAAGUUUACCAAUUUUCUGUUAAUCAAAGCAAGUUAUGUGAGUGCCCUGAGUCCAGGAGCAAGGUAGUCACCCUGUCUGUGGUGAUAAAAUACUGCAAGAUUAUAUGUCAAAGAAUGUGAUACUCAGAAAUAUUUCUAAAAGUGAUGAAUAUUUUAAUAAAGUAACAAAUAUUUAGACAUUAAAUAGACGAGAGUAACUUUAUCAAAGGUCUAAGCAUGAGAGAUAUGUUUGAUAUAUUUUUAUGCGUUAAAAACCCUGAGUGGGAAAAAAGGACUAAUUUUACCAGGAUGAUCUCCUGGAAACUCAUUUUCCAUUUUGUAAAUUAUUUUGGAAAUUUCUUUUUUUCUGGAGGGGUGUGUGUAUGUGUGUGUGCCUGUCUGUCUGUCUGUGUAUGUUUUAUGAGCUUGUUAACAAUAACAUCAUACAAAAGUACUGGUUAGCAGGAAUAAGAUUUUAAGGUGUAUUGACCUUCCCAUGGUUCUCAAGAAAACUUUGGAUGAUUUGGAUUAAAAAUUUUGGAUUUUGUCUAUUUAAAUCUAGCAUAAAAUUGGUCAUGGUGAUGAUCCUAGUUAUGACUAAUCUCCCUUUAAGAAUUUAGACAUUUACUUUAUGAACUAUGUAGUAAAAUUUCCAUAACCAAUAGCUAAAGUUGCUGAACACAAAUUAUGGAGAUGUGAAACGAGGAAAACAUUAUAAAACAUUGAAAGAGAAUAUGUCUUUAUUUGCAUGCUGGCAAAUGAAAAUUCAGGCUUCACUUCAACUUCAGUUGAAUAUUUCCAGUCUCUAACAAGAAUAGUCAUUGAAUGAAUGAGUUAAGUUGAGCUGUUUGAACAUUAGAAUGUUUUCCAUAAAUACAUUUUUUGAGCUCAUCAAUUAGCAUUAACUGGUACUUUCUUGUUUGACACUGGUCACAGUAUUUGAAAGUAAAAAGAAUGUUACUGCAGAUUCAGAAAUCAGGUGCAUAUAAAAUUUAAGCUCAGGGUAUUAAAGGAAUCACAGCCAGUGUUGUUAGGCUUUCAUUUUUUCUGUCUUUUUGUCUGUUCAGACAUGGUAACUUUUCUACCCAUCAUUUUUUCCAUUCUAGUAGUGCUUACAUUUGUUCUUGGAAAUUUUGCUAAUGGCUUCAUAGCAUUGGUAAAUUCCAUUGACUGGGUCAAGAGGCAAAAGAUCUCCUUUGCUGACCAAAUUCUCACUGCUCUGGUGGUCUCCAGAGUUGGUUUGCUCUGGGUAAUAUUACUACAUUGGUAUUCAACUGUGUUUAAUCCAGAUUUGUUUAGUUUAGAAGCAAGAAUUACUGUUUAUAAUGCCUGGGCAGUAACCAACCAUUUCAGCAACUGGCUUGCUACUAGCCUCAGCAUAUUUUAUUUCUUCAAGAUUGCCAAUUUCUCCAACUUUAUUUUUCUUCACCUGAAGAGGAGACUUAAGAGUGUCAUUCCAGUGAUGCUAUUCGGGGCUUUGUUAUUUUUGGUUUGUCAUCUUGUCAUGUUAAACAUGGAUGAGAGUGUGUGGACAAAAGAAUAUGAAGGAAAUGUGAGUUGGAAGAUCAAAUUGAGUGAUACAACGCAUCUGUCUGACAUGACUGUAAGCACACUUACAAACUUAAUACCCUUUACUCUAUCCCUGACAUCUUUUCUCCUGUUAAUCUGUUCUCUGAGCAAACAUCUCAAGAAGAUGCAGCUCCAUGGCAAAGGAUCUACAGAUCUCAACAUCAGGGUCCACAUAAAAGUUUUGCAAACUGUGAUCUCCUUCCUCUUGUUAUUUGUUAUUUAUUUUCUGUCCCUAACCACGUCAAUUUGGCAUCUUAGAAGGACGCUGCAGAAUGAACCUGUCCUCAUGCUGUGCCAAAUUACUGCAAUUAUAUGUCCUUCAUGUCAUUCAUUCAUCCUAAUUUGGGGAAGCAAGAAGCUAAAACAGACCUUCCUUUUGAUUUUGUGUCAGAGUAGGUGCUGAGUAAAAGACCAGAAACUCUCAAAUUUCUGGGUUCACAACUGGGACAUCGUGUGUCUCCAAGAUAAAACAAACUGAUAGUGUCUGGAACAUUUUAUACUUUCUGCUGGCUUUUUUGUAGUGUAUAUCUUUCAGUAAUUUCCAAAAGUAGACCUAGAAAAGUCUUUUACCUAAAGUUAGUCUAAAAAAGUAUCUAUAUAUGCAUGUGUAUGUGUAUAUGAAACUCUUAAGAGACAGUGACAAUAACAUAAUCUUAAUCAUUUUUUACAAACUGCCAAAUUAUAGAAAAUAUGGUAAGAAAUUUUUCAAAAUCAUGAAGCCAUGUGUAUUUCACAUAUACAUUUCAUAUUAUCAUGUCUUAUUUGAAAAAUUUAUGAUCUCCAUUUAUAAUUGUUAAGAACUUACAGCUUAGUUCACAAAAUGUUGCACUUUUCCACUGUUAUUUGUAUCAUACAUGUGUACCAUAGUGUGCUUGAACAUCAUUAUGUGAACAUCUAGUUUUUGGGAUGGUAUGAGAAUUCUAUUCUAAAUCAAUAAUGAGGUUUUAUCUUUGGAGUAGUUUCUAUUUCAUCAUGAAUUCUAAUUUUAUGUUUAGUUUAAAGCAAGUAAUUAUUGUUAGAAAACUAUGCUCACAAUAAAAUUCAAGG